AUGAGCCGUCUUCAGCGCGUUCGCAAGCAGCGUGAUUUACUAAAGCGUCGUAGUAAUCUGAUGAUUUCCAAGAAGGCGAAGACGGUCGAGGAUCUAGAGGAGAUUGAGCGCCUUAAGGCUGCUCGUGAGGCUGGGGAUGCCGUUGACCCUGAGGAUAAGGGUCCUACGGAUGUAGGUUCUCCUAGGGCUGGUUCUGCUGCGCCUCCUAAGACGUUGGAGCCGGUGGAUUUCGCGCGGAUGCCUGCCUUCUAG